UGUACGUGUGUGAAUGCAUGUGUGUGAGAUAGAGAGACAGAGAGGCGUUAAUGCACGUUUGUAAGUUUGGGGGGUAUCAGAGACUGCGGCCAUUCUGGCUCAGUUCAAUGACCCUCUCUUAGGAAAUCUCUUCGGUGUUAGAUCCAAAAUGGCCGACACAUGGGCUAAAUUGCGUAAUAGUGUCACACUGAAGUUCCCUCUAGUAUUUAACGUCACAGCAUUGGAUGAGAAAAUAAAAGACAUAUCUGCCCUGACUCACAGGACUAAGCUGAACCUGCACCAGCGCUCCCCCUCUCUACAGUUGUACGGACGGUGACGCUGAACCAGCCUCGCGGAGGCGCAUUCAGUACUCUGCGGCGCAGUAUGGCGGAGGGGGAGGCAGGUGCGGCACUCGGAGACCGGCGGGGUGGGAAGUGGACCUCAGGAAUCAGCCUUGUGAUCGGGAAUCCAAAAUCCGAACCGAAUCCAGGACCGGCUUGACUUCAGUUGAUUUUCUCUUGUGCUUCGCUGAAUCAUUUUGAAGACGGGGACUGUAUUAGAGCGCUCCUGCCUGCGUUUCCCGGGCACGCGGAACAGUGCGACAGAGCCGCAUUGACAACGAGAAGCGAAAAAAAGAGAAGAUUCCUGCGCCAGGGAAGGGAAGAUUUUUGGAACAUUUUAAAUUACACGUUGUUCUUGACGGCUACACACGUCUUGAAGACAUAUGAGUAAUUGUCGUUUGGAUUUCCGCGUCUUUUUUCUGAUCUGCAGCGAGAGCAGCCGAGGGAGCUACAGAAAAUACGAACUGAACCCAUAUGCGCCAAUAAUAAUAAUCAUUUAAAAAAUGCCAUUCAUUUUAAAACGAUUUUGUCAUCUGUGGGAGGCACAUUGACCGUUAACGUGGAGAAAGUAAUUUCAAAAUAGCAGGUGGGACUUAAGAAGACGAGAGAAAGACUGAGAGCAAUUAGCUGUCCAUCUCUCCGUGGUUUUCUGGCUUUUGUCGCGCGUGAGACUGAAAGAGUGGGAGAGAGGAGAGGACGGUGGCGAAGAGAAGGAGACAGCCUGUGUUUGCACGUCUCUGAAUAAACAGGCAUAAGUGAGAAGGGCAGAGAGGAGGAGGAAGAAGGGAAGGACUGUCGAGGCAUUGCAGGAGCGGAGGGUAAAAUACAGCUUCAUUAUAAGGGGUGCAGGUGUGAGGAUGGCUCCGCUCACCAACGUGUGGCAGGCUUGAGAGACAGAUGGGGUAGGGCAUCGGAUCUGUGGAAAUGGGGUGUUCUGUUACGAUGGGCAAGCGUAGCGGAGUGUGGAUGUUCUGUGGUUUUCUGCAUGAGAAGGGUGGCGCUAGUCCGCUAAUCUUGUGCUAGCGUUGCGCUGGAGUCUGGAGGCACCUUCUGCCCUCCUCCUCCUCUCGCUGCGGGACAGACGUCAGGCAGCGUGGGUUCCCCCGCCACCUGGGAGGAACGGCAGCGCGCGCCUGACAUUUCCGUCUCACUUGAUUCAUGAGUGUGUUCUCCCUGCAAAUUUUCACAAGAUCAGCCGAAAGUGUUGCGGUACUGAGAAUGGAGGGUGUGUGGUUUAGCGGAACAAGGUAUUUGGGAACACCGGAGGAGAACAUGAAGAGGUAGAUACUUCCUGUGUCCCAUUCCCUCCUUCCUCUUAGGAAUCUCUGGAUGUAUUUUUCCCCACCCUCCGGAGACACACACACACACUCACGCAUGCACACACUCACGCACACACGCAGAUACACACAAACACAGAUACCCUCAUAACGUGUGUCCCCCCCCCCCCCCAGCAUAUAUCUCCUUCUGAUCAAAUCUAAGCUCCUCCCUCUCAUCAAAGCUUAGCUACUCCCUCCAAUCUCACGUUUCAGCCCCACUGGUUGUUGGUGUGGAUCUAAGAGCAGGACCCCCACUGCUCCCCAACACCCCUCCAGAACUGUGCGACUGUCUCUGCUGAUUCGACAGGGACUCUGGGAAGAGUGUUUUGAGGAAGCAGACCUACCAGUGGCUGUACAGAGCUCUCAGAUAGAGUGCGAAAAGAAACUGAGUCUUUAAGCUCAAUCCAGCCCUACCUCUCCUUCCCUCUCCCCCCCACUCAGUACUGGUGGGGGGGGGGGAGCUCCACAGUCACCCUGGGUCGCCCAGCCGCAGCGAGCGGGUAGAGGGGGGUCCUGACCAUGGAGGCAGGCCAGGGCAGCCCAGAGAGCCCUAACCGGGCGGUGGAGUAUCUACUGGAGCUCAACAACAUCAUCGAGAGCCAGCAGAAGCUGCUGGAGACGCAGAGGCGGCGCAUCGAGGAGCUGGAGGUGCAGCUGGACCGGCUGAGCCAGGAGAACAAAGACCUGCGACUGGACCGGAACCCGCACGGGGCCGAGUCCGGCGGCGGCGCCCAUCAGAACCAGAGCCAGACGCCUUCCGCACCCGGCCACGCGCCCCUGUCCAACACCGGCUCCUCGCCCCUGCCGCCGCCCCCCGUGCCCGUGCGCGAGGGGCGGGCCCACGGCCGGCUCACCCGCGGCCUGUCCUGUGGCUCCGCCCCCGAGAGGGUGGACCGGGCCUCGGGCGACCGGGAGAAGGAGAAGCCGGACCGGAGCGACGGAAAGAGCACCCAGCCCGCCGCGCCGUCGCAGAGACAGUCAGACGGGGACUCGUCCAUUAAAGACAGUGUGGACACGGAGGCCGGAAGUUUUUCGGACAGUCCCUGCAGCCAGGCCCCCUACCUCCGAAGUGCAGACCCCCACCGGGAUGGCGGUGGCCCCCCGGGGUCCCGCGGCCCCCCUGUGGCCCCACCCAGCCCGGCCAGCCUGGCGUGGGCCCAGCGCACGCGGAACCAGCCCGCUAGCCUGGCGCUACGCAAACAGGAGGAGGAGGAGAACAAGCGCUGCAAAGCCCUCUCGGACAGCUAUGAGCUCUCCACCGACAUGCAGGAUAAGAAGGUGGAGAUGCUGGAGAGGAAGUACGGCGGCUACUUCCUGAGCCGGCGGGCGGCGCGCACCAUCCAGACGGCCUUCCGGCAGUACCGCAUGAACAAGAACUUCGAGCGCCUGCGCAGCUCGGCGUCGGAGAGCCGCAUGACGCGCCGCAUCAUCCUGUCCAGCAUGCGGCUGCAGCACUCCUUCGACGAGCGGCAGCCGCACUACGCGCUCGCCCAGGGCGCCGGCGGCGCGCAGGGCCUGGACCCCGCCUCCCCCCCCAACCCGCAGGGCGACCCGCCCGAGCACUACCCCCGCCUGGAGGACUCCUUCUCUAAACAGGUGAAGUCUUUGGCCGACUCCAUGGAUGAGUCGCUCACCUGUGUGGCGGCCCAGGACUCCCAGGAGGGGGGCGGUGACGCGGGGGUCCUGAGCGGGGUGGAGAGCGACGAUUUCGGGGAGUGCGUGUGGAGCAACAGCAGCAACCCCUCGUCCCGCAGGGGAGGCGGGGACCGGGAGAGGGGCGGGGGGCGGGGCCUGGGGGCGCACGGCGACAGCACGGCCACCUCCUACAGCGACGUGACGCUCUACAUGGACGACGGCCUGCCCUGCUCGCCCCUCUCGCUGGACCGGGCCCCCAGCAGCACCGACACCGAGUACUGGGGCCCCGGGGGCGCGGGGGGCGGCCGCGAGGACAGCCGCGACACCGAGGGCGGGGGCAGCAGCAACAGCCGGCGGAGCACCCCGUGCACGGAGUGCCGGGACUACCGGCUGCGGGCGGCGCACCUGCCGCUGCUCACCAUCGAGCCGCCCAGCGACAGCUCGGUGGACAUGAGCGACCGCUCGGACCGCGGCUCCCUCAGCCGGCCCCUGGCCUACGAGCAGGAGGGGGGCGGCGGCGGCGGUGGCGGCUCGCCCCAGAGCGCCGUCAAGCACGCCCCCGCCACGGCCCAGGGGCAGGCCCGCCCCAUCGGCCGGCCCCUCCCCUCCCCCGUCCCCGCCCACAUCCCGCACCACGUCCACCACCACCACCACCCCCACCACCACCACCACCACCCCAUGCACCACCACCAGUACUCCGACACGCCGUCCUCUUCCUCCUCCCCGCACCCGCAGCCCCCGCCCACCCCGCUCUCCUCCUCCUCCUCUGCCGCCCCGGCCCCCGGCAGCCUGGACCAGCCCUGCUGCUCGGACGGGGACAACGACUCGCUCAACUCCACCACCAACUCCAACGACACCAUCAACUGCAGCUCGUCCUCGCGGGACAGCCUGCGGGACCCGCUGCCCCCCCUGGGCAAGCAGACCUACCAGCGGGAGAGCCGCCACAGCUGGGACUCGCCCGCCUUCAACAACGACGUCGUCCAGAGGAGGCAGUACCGCAUCGGGCUCAACCUCUUCAACAAGAAGCCGGAGAAGGGGAUCCAGUACCUGAUCGAGCGGGGCUUCGUGUCGGACACGCCCGUGGGCGUGGCCCGCUUCAUGCUGGAGCGGAAGGGCCUGAGCCGCAUGAUGAUCGGAGAGUUCCUGGGCUGCCGACAGAAGCAGUUCAACAAGGACGUGCUGGACUGUGUGCUGGAUGAGAUGGACUUCUCAGGGAUGGAUCUGGACGACGCUCUGAGGAAGUUUCAGGCCCAGAUUAAAGUCCAAGGGGAGGCCCAGAAAGUGGAGAGACUCGUUGAGGCCUUCAGUCAGCGGUACUGUGUGUGCAACCCGGUGCUGGUCCGACAGUUCCAGAACCCGGACACCAUCUUCAUCCUGGCCUUCGCCAUCAUCCUCCUCAACACGGACAUGUACAGCCCCAACGUCAAGGCUGAGAGGAAGAUGAAGCUCGAAGACUUCAUCAAGAACCUGAGAGGAGUGGAUAACGGUCAGGACAUCCCGCGCGAGCUGCUGGUGGGGAUCUACCAGCGCAUCCAGAAGUGGGAGCUGCGGACCAACGAUGACCACGUGUCCCAGGUGCAGGCGGUGGAGCGGGUCAUCGUGGGAAAGAAACCGGUGCUGUCCUUGCCGCACCGCAGGUUGGUGUGCUGCUGCCAGCUGUAUGAGGUGCCCGACCCCAGCCGACCCCAGAGGAGUGGGGUGCACCAGAGGGAGGUGUUCCUCUUCAACGACCUGCUGGUGGUAACCAAAAUCUUCCAGAAGAAGAAGAACUCAGUGACCUAUAGCUUCCGACAGUCGUUUCCUCUGGUGGAGAUGCAGGUUCACAUGUUCCAGAACUCCUACUACCCCCACGGCGUGCGGCUGACGUCGGCCGUCCCCGGCGGGGAGAGGAAGGUGCUGAUCGUGUUCAACGCCCCGAGCCAGCAGGACCGCACCCGCUUCACCAGCGACCUGCGGGAGAGCGUGGCCGAGGUGCAGGAGAUGGAGAAGUACCGGGUGGAGUCUGAACUGGAGAAGCAGAAGGGAGUGAUGAGACCUGGCCUCCUGAGUGGAGGGGUAGGAGGAGGUGGGGUGAAGACGGAAGCAGUGAAUGGCAUUCUGGGAAGGCCCAGUCUGGAUGACACCUACACCACUGGAGAAGGACUAAAACGUACUGCACUGAGCUCGUCCCUGAGGGACCUCACAGAGACAGGAAAACGGGGUCGCAGAAACAGCGUUGGAUCCUUGGAUAGCACCAUUGAAGGAUCCAUCAUUAGCAGCCCCCGGCCUCACCAGCGCCUCCCCAUGGCGGGAGUGGUGUCUGGCGCUUAUGGUGCUGAAGACUUCCGGCCUCACCGCCCCAUCCUGAGCCCCGGAGUGGGGGUGGGGGGUGGGCCGGGGCAACAGCACAGCCCUGCGGGGCCAGCAGGAGGGGGCGGGGGAGGGGUCGGGGGUGGGGCAGUCUGCAGUGGAGAGAGGGGGGGGGCGGGGAGUGGGGGGGGGACUGGAUCCUUCCUGGGGUCUCUGUUCGGCACCAAACGGUCAAAACCGCCAGGACCUCUUAUCCCCCCAGGGCCACCUUACCCCGCCCCUGUCCCGCCUCCCACCACCGGAGGGCCACCCCCUCACUCCCCCUCCUCUCUGAGCCAAUCAGAGGGAGGCGUGCCUUCCAAGAUCCAGGCCUUGCACGCACAGUACUGUCACGCCAGUGGCGUCCAGGCCCCGCCCCCUUACCACCACCAUCAUCGCUACCACGUCCAGACCGUGCCCCCCCCAAACCACGCUUCGCCUACACCGCCACCCACCCACCACACGCUGCACAGAGGCUCUCUGCCUCGGCGCCCGCCGCCCGUCCCCACCCACGCCCAGCUGUCCCAGCUCCCCCCGCACGCUUUGCAGGGUCGCUACGGCAACAUGGCGCAUGGCAUGGGCUGCCCGCCGCCUCUCUCCCCCGUCUCCCCACAUCCUCUCUACCACACCCAGCCCACACAUUCGGCCCGGGGCGGCCCCGCCAACAAGCUGCCCCUCACACAAGCUCUCUCCCACCCCGGCCACACCCACCCCUCCUACACCCACCCCGGCCACGCCCACACGCCCCACCCUUCCUCCUCCCACACCGGGCACCCGCCUCACUUCGUCUUCAACACGCCCCUGAUGCCUUCCGCCCGCCACCUGCCCCAAGGCAACCAGUAUCUGCCCCAAUACCCGCCGCUCUCCUCUAUCCCCCCUCCCCCCCCCCACUCCCCUUUACCCCCCCCUUCCACCCCCCUUACCCCUCUUACACCUCUGUCCCCUCACGUCCCCCAGCACCCGGGGCAGGUACAGCAGGGAGGGGCGCAGGGAGGGCAGGGGGGCGGGGGAGGGGCAGGGGCCACCGGCACCGGAGGCAGCGGCAAAUCCAAGUCUAUCAACCGCAUCAGUACGGUGGUCUGAGAGGGUGGGGCCGCAGGGGCCGGGGGGCGGGGCUGCGGGGGAGGGCGAGGAGGGGCAGGGGCAGACCUCGCAGAAAGAAGCGCAGCUCUCUCAAGCUGUGUUACUUUCACAUCCGUUUCCCACACAGGAAGAAAAAGUUCUGAGACAUAGACACACACACACACACACACACACACAUACACACAGAACACAUACAUGCAUGAAUCCAAGCACCCACACAUGCACAGACUCACGCUCGAGCGCACACACACAUAGAAACAAACAGUCUCACAGUGUGGAUGAAUCUGCCAGGGACCCUGUCAUACAGUACUGUGCAAACACCUAAUGGGGGUAGAGAGAGUCUUUCAGAGACUGGAGGUGAGAGGGGAAGCAGGUGAACAGUGUUGUUUCGGCUGGUUUUACAUCAUAAUAGGGCUCGCAUGGAUCAUACCGUUUCCAGGGGAACACAGUGUGGCAGUGAUUUAGGAGUGAGAGAUUCACAGUAGGAGCUGACUCGCAAUUUAAAUUUAUCCCGAAGAUACAGAAAAACUGCUCAGGUGAUGACAGGGAAAUUACGCCUUCUGGGAAUGAAUCAGCUGAAAGGAGUUUUGUGGCUGUUGUCUGGAAGACACUUCCAGCAGGAGCAGUCAGUGUGGCAAACAAGCGUGUCACUGAGAGACGACAGAUUUUAUUGAAUUUGAAAAGGAAAUUUUGAGUUUGUGCAUCAGCCAGGCUCGUACUGACAACACUCACAAUUACUGAUAUCACUCAGACUGACUGAUUUCAACGGAUUUAGUGUGACUCCAAGUGAGGCACAGAAGCAGGCAUACUGACAAGCAAACAUAACCUAACACAUACACAAACUCACAGACACACACAGACUCACAGACACACACACAGACUCACAGACACACACAGACUCACAGACAUACACACAAACUCACAGACAGACUCACAGACACCCACAAACUCACAGACACACACAGACUCACAGACAUACACAAACUCGCUGACAGACUCACAGACUCACACAAACUCAAAGACACACACACAAACUCACACACACACAAGCUCGCAGACACACUCACAGACACACACACACUCACAGACACACGCAGACACAGACGCAGUUGCACUCGGGCAGGUUCGCAGACGUGGUUACUCACUAAUCCCCAGUCCGCAGUCACGCGCGCUGCUGCUCGAUUCUGUCCUCUACAGGAAGGCCGGACUCCUCCGUCCGGGGCGAGAGAGAGCGCAGACUCACGGCGGAUCGGCUCCGGACAGAGCCGAGGGGGCCUGAGCGAGCGUCGCGUGCGGGCGGAGCGCGAUUUAAUCAGCGCGCUGGGGCCUCGGGAGCGCAGCGCAGCGCUCCGCCGCCCCGCAAUAAUCCGGCCGCGGCGCAUCUCACCCCCCCCCGGUCCGCGGGUGACGUGCGCGAAGGCCACGCCCCUUCUCUCCGCGCCGAAGUCGCUCUUGAUGGAUGGCAGUUGCGAGGACCGUACGGACUCCCAGAAACCGAACGCUCGCUCGACACCGGAGCUCGUCGCGGGUCCGAUCCGAGACGGCGGACCCUGUGCAGUCAGCACUGCACACCAGCGGACUUUCUGCACUUUUAUUCCACUCCAAGGACAAAGUUACACGCGUACUACGCCACUGCUUUUACAGUUUGUGGAGCAUUCAAUGUUAUUAUUGUAUCAGCUGUAAACUUAUAAAACAUAUAACUGGCCUCAAACGCUCUCUCUCUCUCUCUCUUUCUCUCUAUUCGACUCUUAUUUCUCAUUCUUUCUCUUUCCUCUCUCGCUGUACCUCUCUGUUUCUCUUUCUCUCGCUCUCUCUUCAUCCUCCUUGUUUAAAACUGAACGGGUUCAAGCGGUUCAGACUCAGGGAGGCUGUGUAAAUAUGUGUUACUAACAUUCCUAUGUACAGGUCCAGUAAUCCCAGCCAAGAUAACGGCUAUGGGGCUUAGAAAUGUGUUUGUACGGGAAGACGGAUGAGGUGUAGAAGAGCGCGGGACCAUCGCAGCUGCUACUAUAGGUCUGAUGUGUUUUCUGUGCCAGGGGUUUUACAUGAUAUCUAUAAUUAUUGUUACUAAUAAUAUUUUUUGCAAACUUGAGUCUAUUUUUGCUGGUAUAUGAGUGUUACAUUGAUAAUUCAUAUUAUGAAUAUGUUCUAUUGAGCAGAUCUUACUUUUUUCUAAUGGUUGUGAGCCAGAGCAAGGCAAAUAGCAUUAGGUAUGUUCUAAACAGCAUAUGAAUAUGUUAUAAAUACCCUGUAAAUUUACAUGAGAGCCUGACGUUGUGGUUGGGAAUUAUAUGGUUUUAUUAUGA